GUACUAGUUCGAGCUCGUAGAAAGCGUCUAUUCAGUAACUUUUGCUUCUUUAACUUUAGCUUUUGCUUUGUCGUCGACAGGUAGACCGAAGAAAUCCGUAGAACUUGAAGGUUAAAAAGAUCCGUUUCGUGGCACGGCAAACAUAAGAGAAACAGAAGAAAAACCUCUUCACGUGGGUCGUCGUAAUCCUGUUUCUGUUAGUCAACCUGGUCCUGUUUUCUCCUGCUUGCUUAUAGAAGUCCAUAGAUUUUCAUUUUUCAAAAUUUGAAUGUAGUACGUUUCCACUCUCACGAAUAGCUUUGGCCACAACUUUUCGUCGACCUAGCUUUAUUACAGGGAGCAUUUUAAGGACGAAAGUACGUUAGCCUGCUCGACCAUUGUCCGUAAAAACGACUAAUUGUUUAAGAAUGAGAGCAAGUUACUAACGCUCUUCUAGGUCAUGCUCGUCUAGCCCAAAGAAAACCAAUCCGAUUUUUUCCUUGAUUUCCAAAAAAAUAAUAGCAAGAGGAAGUACGAAAAAGUACUCGCCGAGAGGGAGAGAGAAAAGGAAGUUUCAACGUAUUCACAACGCACCAACAAUCCAAAAUGCCGAAGACUAAGGCUCAGGCGAUGAAGGUCGUGGCCAUGAAGAAGGCCGAGAAGCCGGCCCCGGCGAAGAAAUCCUCCGGCAAGGGAAAGGGAAAGAAGGUACUUCGUGCUUUUACAUUGUAAGGAAAUGUGAUGCAAGGCGCCCGCAAUUUUUGGAGUUGUCAUGCCUGUUCUGCAUGUAGUCCUAGACGCGAGACGAUAAUAAGUUUAUGCCGUGAUUUCUGGACACGAACCCGCCUGUGAAAUUGUGGCUCAACAGGUUGUUUCCGUGGAGAAGAAGAAGAAGGAGGCGAAGGUCGCUGUGAUCGACCCCUGGGUGGAAAAAAUCACGAAAGUGGAGGAGGCGUUGCUGACCAAGUGCGAACUGCCCCCAAACGCGACGGAUAUUUUGGUGCGCUGCUGCACCCCGGCUUUUUCUGACAAUGUCGAGGACCGCCAUGAGUGCCAGACCGGUAUUGAAAUGUUCUUUGAUCAGCAGUGUGAUGUCGACGUCGUGCAUCAAAAUUGCUUGCGUACAGGUACCUUCAUCUUCAACAUUCAUCAUAUGUUUCAUCAAAAAAAUGUUCUUGACAUCAAAACCACAACAGCCGCUACGGAGCAAAUCGGAAAGGCUUUGGAGGAAAUCGAGUCCCGGUUGAAGAGCGCUACUGCGGAAUUCGAAAACAUCACCGCCUCUGCGGACGAUGUACUUACUUGAUUUUUUUGAGAGUAGAUAAUGAAUUUGCAGAUUGAUUUUGAGCGCACGAAAAACAAAAAUGGAUAUGAUGUUCUCCCUUCAGGUGCGCUCCGGGUUAGCUGCGGACCUCGAGAAGACCGAGGCUGACAUCACGGCAAAGACCGAGGCGAAGGAGGCAUUGGAAGGCGAGGAGGAGAAAGCUUCGGUCGCGUUUUCCGACGCGGAAAAAGCCGUUGCGGCCUGGAAGAAGGAGCUGAAGGGGUUCGAGAAGGAAAAGUCGGCCAAGACCGACGCCCUGGGGAAGGUGACGACUGGCAAGACGGACAUCUUCGACAAGUUGGUGAGCGAGAAACCCGCCUCGGGUAAAGAGGGAAAGCGCGACAUCGAGAAGCUGAAGGGGUUCUUGAAGCAGGCGGGAAUUGUCGGAGCCUUCGAGACGUCCGUGGUGCAGGUCAUCAUCUCGCCGGAAGACGAUGCGGAGUUCACCACCAUGAUGCUGACCCGUGCGGGCGACUUCUUCACGAAGUUCACGACCACGACGGAAGAGGAAAUUGCGAGUUUCGAUGCCAAGAUCUCGGAAGUCACCGAAAGCCUCGUCGGAGUACAGUUCUAUGACUUCUAUAUGGUUGAAAGCGUGCAUCAAGAUACACGUAGGUUUUUAAUGUGUGCUAAGAAUUUUGUCUUUUUCAUCCGGGACGUGAAUAAUCACCAAAAAAAUACGCAAUUUCAGCUCGAGGAGACCGUCAGCUCCGCCAAAGCGGCCAUGGACGAGGCCAUGAAGAGUGUCGAGGAUGCGACCGCGGCUAUCGCGGAGUUGAAGAAGGCCAAGAAGACUUGCACGGUGAGAAAAUGCUGUUGUCAACACAGACGAGCAAUUUAUAUGUGAUGUCUUUCGCACCCAUGCCAAGAUUAAAGACUUCUGCAUUUUGAUGUCAUUAUUUCCAAUUCGAAAAUCACUAAUAACCUGCUGCAGGCCGCGUUGAAGACCCACGACACCAAGGUGGAGAAUGCUGCUGAGGCGAAGAAGGAGGCUCUGGCCGCGGAGGAGGAGUUUGCCACCGUGUUGGGCGUGUUCGGCGAAUUGAAGGCCCGCACGGCCGUGGUCGACACGGACACCAUGGAGAGCGGUAUCGAGGCGGAGGCCGUGGUGGACUCCAGUGCCACCGGUGCGGAGGAUGUCGAGAUGGAAGAUGCUGGUGAGGAGGAGGCCGCCCCGGCCGAGGAAGAGGCCCCGAUGGAGGAGGAGGAGGUACUUAGUACCAUUGCGUAAAAAUGAAAAAGGGCUCAUGACCGCAUUUCUAUGGGUUUCACCGGCUGGAUAUGCAUUUUUCCGAUUUUGAAUUUCAAUAGCUCGUUAAGUACGCAAUCCUCUUCAACUGCCUCGGGCCAACGUCAAAAAAUAACGCAAAAACAGGCCGCUGAGGCUGCGCCAGCGGAGGUGGAGAUGGAAGAGGCUCCGGUCGUUGAGGAACCCGCUGCCCCGGUCGUGGAGGAACCCGCGGCUGCCCCGGUCGUGGAGGAACCCGUGGUCCCGGAGGCCCCGGCCGCCCCGGCGGCGGUCCCGCAGUACGAGCAGCAGUACCAGGGCUACCAGCAGUACGACCAGGGUGCCUGGAACCAGCAGCAGUAUGACAACCAGUACUGGCAGUAAGCGGUCGUGGAUCGGAACUCCAGGUUUUCAAAAAAAUCACUCGAUUUUGCCGAUGGCAAUGGAAAAAUAAAUGUGAAGAAGUCACAUGAAGAACAACAGCGAUUCUAGAACACCGAAAAAAAAACACAACUGAAUUAGACUAGCUAAGACAACGUACAACAUCGACGUCGACGACAGGACAAAUUCAUGCUAGUUCUACGAUUUUGACUUCCGAAUUUCCACUUUCAAAAACCAACGAUGCAAGCUGCAACAGCAACUUGAGCUUCCUCCUCAAACUAAUAUAAAACAAUAGCACAGAAACAGAUGAACAGGGAUUUAAGAGAAAAAAAUAAGCAACGAAAAUGACGCUAAUGAAUUCCCUAGUACCAAAAACCUCCUCUCAACGGAAAUUUCCUCAAGUAACUAUCUUUGACUUUUCGCUGUAACUUUGAGCUACCCAUUUAAGAUUCCGAUGUGCCUGAUACAAACAUCAACUUUACUCAAUUGCAAGCAUCGUCGUCUUCGCGAUUAUGAGGCGGGUGUCGCAGGACUGAUUUAUGUGCAACAGGAAAUACGAUUACGAAAAUUUUGUCAACACUGAUUACACUAUUGUACGAACCACCCGUUUACUAACUUCAACUUUAGGUUUACAAGAAACUCAACUUUAACUUCAAUUGUAAUACUGAUACUUCACUCGUCACACUCCAGCACCGUCCCGGUAGCUGGUUUGAGCUCGAUUCAACUGUUUCGGACUACUAUUUGCUUAACAGACCGUUUUAGCGAUUUCAACUCAACAAAAAAUUGUUUCGAUUCAAAAUUAAUUUCUUGACGUCCAGUUUGUGCUCGCACAAAGAGGUGAUGUCAAUUGCACAGAAUCAGAGAUGGUUGGUCUUUUUAGAACCAAAAUUUUAUUCAAGUAAGAUUACAGAUCGUGUUUCCAAAAACUUUAUCUCUAGUUAAUGCAACGAAAUCUUAAUACUUUAGGAAGCAGAGGGGCUUAAUAGAUGCUUUCGAACCAAGCUAGACUUGACAUUAUGGACAGAAUCUAUGGUUGCG